AUGUCUAAGAUCAAAGAUACAAGUGGAACAAUGGGGGAGAAUCCAGCAUUCCACGUCAUUGUCUUGGGCCCAACGGGUGGACCCCGUGAGGAUAGCGUCACCGGCAUUCUGGUCCGCUCGACCGCAACGGAAUGGUCUCCAGACUCGAUUGUGGCCGUUGAUGCGGGUACUCUGCUUGCAGGCAUCAUCCGAUUGCUAGAGCAAUAUAUGCCCGACUGCACAGACGACGAUGGUGUGAUGACGAGUGGGCCAUUUAAGGGGCUCGAGCUGCCCAACAUAACCCCCCAGGCAAAUGGUGCUCAUAUCUUUCGUGAACUCAUUGGCGCUGUCCUCAUCACACACCCCCAUCUAGACCAUAUCGCAGGACUGGCUAUAAAUACUCCGAUUUUGGAGGCUGGAAAUGGCCCCAAACCUGUGGCUGCCCUUCCCUCAGUAUUGUCUGCUAUCAAAAACCACAUGUUCAACGAUGUCAUCUGGCCUAAUUUGUCGGACGAGGAUGGCGGUGCUGGUCUGCUCACAUAUCAGCGCCUAGUAGAAGGCGGAAAUCCUCGUUUUGGUCGUGGUGAUAGUCGAGGCUAUGUUAGAGCCUGUCAUGGGCUGUUGACUAAAUGCCUCAGCGUCAGCCAUGGCCGGUGCAGGCAACGAUACCAUCCAGAGACUGGGACACAUCAUCGAAUCGGAAGCACUGUCUUUGCUGAGCAUCAAUUGAUGCUUCCUUCAAGGGCAAUUUCAGUGGACCAUACUGAUGGCAGCUUCUAUUCACCCGCUCGCUCUCCGCGCAUGCUCCCAUCCAACCCUAAAGAGCCACCUAUGGCAUCAGUAGAAAGCUCCGCAUUUUUCCUGCGUGACCAUCGCACCGGCAGCGAGAUAAUUGUCUUCGGCGAUGUUGAACCGGACUCAGUAUCCCAAGAAGGCUACAACAAGCUAGUAUGGGAAGCCGCGGCACCAAAAAUAGCCAGUGGCAAGCUGAGAGCGAUCUUCAUUGAAUGCUCCUACAAUGACAGCACAGACGACGCAUAUCUGUAUGGCCACAUGUGUCCGCGUCAUCUUGUCUCGGAGCUCAGCGCGCUAGCAAACAAAGUCAUGGAAGUGCGCAACGGAAAAAUGGGGGAGAAAAAGCGCAAGCGCGAUUUUACAGUGCCCGUCGAGAUCGGCAGUGAGGCAGUGAGCCCUCGGUCAAAACGGAACCAAAGCACUGCUGGCGAUAAAAUUGAGCCUCGAUCGCACCCUACCGAUCAUUUUGAAAUACCUCAGAUCCCUAAAAUUGGCUCCCCGGCUUUUGGGGACACUGGUGACCGUGGUGACUCUGGUGAUGCUCUAGAGACGCCGGAUCCUGAAUCUUGGGUUGACACCAAACCCCUUCCCUUGGAGGGGUUGAAGGUCUACAUCAUUCAUAUCAAAGAGAAUCUCACCGAUGGGCCUCCGCCUGGAGAUCAAAUUCUCAAGGAACUGAAGGCGCAUGGCACAGCGGCGCAUUUGGGAUGUGAAUUCUUUAUUCCUAGUCCUGUGGAGGGGAUCUGGAUAUGA